UGACGAAACUAAAAUCAAAGCAGAUCUUAAACGAGCAAGAGUGUGUGAGAGAGAAAGGAGAAAGUGAAGAAUGGUGUUCAUCAAGGUUCAUCAACUUGCUUUUUUCUUUGGUCUCAUGGGCAACAUUGUGUCUUUUGGUGUGUUCCUGUCACCAGUGCCAACGUUUUAUGGGAUAUACAAGAAGAAAUCAUCGAAAGGGUUUCAGUCGAUACCGUACAUAUGUGCACUAGCAAGUGCAACUCUUCUUCUCUACUACGGAAUAAUGAAGACACAUGCUUAUCUCAUCAUUAGCAUUAACACCUUUGGAUGUUUCAUUGAGAUCUCCUACUUGUUUCUCUAUAUCAUUUACGCACCUAGAGAGGCCAAGAUAUUCACGUUGAAGUUGAUAGUGAUAUGCAACAUCGGUGGACUUGGUCUCUUAAUCCUUCUAGUCAAUCUUUUGGUUCCAAAACAACACCGUGUCUCGACCGUUGGAUGGGUUUGUGCUGCUUACAGUCUCGCCGUCUUUGCUUCUCCGUUAAGCGUCAUGAGGAAAGUUAUAAAGACGAAGAGUGUGGAAUACAUGCCGUUUCUUCUCUCCUUGUCUCUCACUCUUAACGCCGUCAUGUGGUUCUUUUAUGGACUUCUUAUCAAAGACAAGUUCAUCGCUAUGCCAAACGUUCUCGGUUUUUUAUUCGGUGUUGCUCAGAUGAUACUAUACAUGAUGUAUCAAGGAUCGACGAAAACAGAUUUGCCAACAGAGAACCAACUAGACAAUAAAACCGAAGUCCCAAGCGUGGCUGUUGAAUUGCCUGAUGCAAGAUCAGACAAUGUUGAAGGAUCGGCGAGGGCAAUGAAGUGAGGGGCAAACAUGGGGAGUAGAUGUGCAUGGGAGACAUUUUAUCGUAUGUUGUACUAAUAAACUUUUAUUUCUAUGUUUUGUCGGUUUGAGUUGGUCUAGCACACCAAAUGAUCCAUUGUUUUGAUCAUCACCAAACCUUCGUAAACUGAUGAUAAUCUAUUCUAAACUACUUAAUUAAGUUUGUGUCGAUGAUUGGCUAAGCUAAGUUCCAUUAAACUAUGUACUUAAAAUACUUACACACAGUCGGAACUGUAAAAUAAUCAAUCUGAUCUAGAUUGAAUACAA